GCAGUGACAACUUCAGCAGUUUGUCAACUGCAUCAGUCCACCAGUGAGUGCUGGGUCGGGUGUGCUAACGAGAGGAGGUGUUUCCCGGGUGGUCUUUGACUGGACAGAGAGUAGACACAGAGAAGAUGGCUGAAACGGACACGCUGUUCGGUGACCUGCUGGACCAGAUGGACCUCCUGUCUCAGAGUAUUGAAGCAGAGGCAGUUCUACAUCGGAGCAGCUCUGACACAGAAGCCAUCACCUCUAUUGGCUUCAACAACCUGAAGGAGUCACUGCAUGAGCUGGAGGAGUGUGACCUGGACGCCCUGGUGGCCGGUCUGUCCGCCGGGCUCACCAUGGCCGAGGAGAGGCUGACCCUGAGGAGUGCCUCCCCACAGCCUGCCCAGAAGAACGCCGCCGGACCGGGUGGGCUCACCUCAACCCCUACCUCCAAGUUCUAUCUGGAGCUCCCCUCAACGGAACGCUCUACUCAAGGACCCAGACCUUCGCUGUCAGAGAUUGAAGCUAUAGCACAAACAAAGGCAGAAAAGAUCAAGAUGGCUUUCGAGAAGCUGAAAGAAGCCAAGAUUAAAAAGCUGAUUAUCAAGGUACUGCUGAGUGACGGCGGCUCCAAAACUCUGAUGGUGGACGAGAGUCAGACGGCGCGCGCCGUGCUGGACUGCCUGUUUGAGAAGACGCACUGCGACCGCAGCGUGGACUGGGGCCUGUGGGAGACCAACCCGCUCCUUCAGAUCGAAAGAACAUUCGAGGAUCAUGAGUGCCUUGUGGAACAUUUGUCUACAUGGAGCAGGGACACGGAAAACCAGCUGCACUUCCUGAGGAGGCCGGAAAAAUAUGCCGUUUUCAGGGCGCCCCAGAUGUUUUACCUCUGGAAAAAGGCUGGAACGCAAGAGAACGAGAAGGAAAAGCAACUUCUAAUAGAGGAGAGCUUUCUGGGUCCCUCGGCCAGCGUUCCAGAUCUCGAGGGGCCUCUAUUCCUCAAAGAGAGUGGGAAGAGGGCUUGGAAGCGCCGAUACUUCAUACUACGAGCCUCUGGCAUCUAUUACGUGCCAAAGGGAAAGACUAAGUCGUCCAGUGACCUGGCGUGCUUCAUCCAGUUUGAGCACGUGAACGUGUACUACGGCCGCGAGUACAAGCACAAGUACAGAGCCCCCACGGAGUUCUGCUUCGUCCUCAAGCACCCUCAGAUCCAGAGGGAGUCCGAGUACGUCCGCACCCUGUGCUGUGACGAUGAGCACACACUGAGUCUCUGGGUGACCUCCAUCCGAAUCGCCAAGUAUGGUCUGCAGCUGUACAAGAACUACCAGGCUGCAGAGCAGAGGGCUUCUGGGUACAUCCAGGGAGACGGUCAGAUCUCUCAAAUCAACACAGCUGGCUCUGCUGUCCCUGGAGUAGGAAUUCAGUUCAAUGGAAACCACACAGCAACACCUCCUACUUCCCAGAAACACUCCCCAGUGACUACCCAUGUAAAGAGUUCCAGUCCCAUUCCACCCCUGCUGGAUGAUGACUUGGAUGAUGACUUGGAUGAACCACCCCCUGACUUUAUCCCUCCCUCGCCACCAAGGCGGCGCUCCAAACUCAACCUCUAAAUGCACCUCCAUCCACCUGAUGCUAGACAUGAGAGGAAUACACCAUGAUGACGAAGCAAGUCUUGAGUGAAUUCCAACCUCGGCACUGCUGCCCUCUGCUGCUGGAAAUCAGCAUGACUUUAUCUCCAGAGAUGCACAACUGGAAGACAGGACCACAUCAGUUUACUCUACAGCCAGAUCUGGGACUGCAGAAUCAUCUUUGGGAUCCGGAUUUGGGCUGUCCAAAUGCUCCGUUAUAAUAGCAACUACAUUAAAGUUAAAUGUAAGCCCGGAAUGUCUCUGAAACAUAAAAGAGAUGGUGAGUCUUAAAAUUCCAAAUUUUAAGUUAUAGGCUAUUUCAAAUUCCUUUUAUCAGUUAUAAGAGAUAGGCCUGUUUCAGAAAAAGACAUUCUGUAGGCUUUUUAUAGAAAUGCCACAUUUAUCAACCUAACUGCAUGCUUGAGAUACUGUGUUUUGAACAGAGUUGUAAAAGGGCAGCUUAAAAAAGUAGUUCUACGAUGAAUAGGUUCUACCUGUGCGCCUGAAAUAUUAGAUUAGUGUAAUUAGCUGGUCUACCUGGCUGAGGAGUGGAGCUAGUUGGGAUCCGCUGCUUUAGUGAAUGAUUAGAACAAAUAUGAGGUAGGACUUUUACUUUCUGAGGCCGGAUUUUUAAAACUAUGGUUUUGGAGUAUCCAUAGAGUUUAGUAACUUCAAGCACCACUAUGCAUUCCUAGAAAAUCAUCAUCAGUGAUCACCCAGUCCUAAUUUAUCAUUAUGAAAAAGAAAGACAGACAGUGGCAACAGCAUGUACAGGG